AUGAUUAGGGGUAUCAAACUGCAUGAAGAAUUGCAUAAAUCUAUACCUGAACCAAGUAGAUUCUGGAGACUAGUCGGAAUAUUACUCUACUUAAAUUAUACUCGACUUGAUAUUGCAUAUGUUUUACAACAACUAUCUCAGUUAAUGAAUGAACCAUCUAUUUGUCAUUGGGAAGCUACUCUUCAUGUGGUAAGAUACUUAAAAGGUACUGCUUAUGUUGGGACAUUCAAUCCAUUUGAUAAUAAAAUUAAAUUACAGGCUUAUGCGGAUUCAGAUUGGGGAUCUUGUCCUCUUACUAGAAAAAUAGAUCAAGGAAAGAAGUUGACUAUUCGUGGUCGUUUCGGCGGCACCCGAGUCGACCGCCAACUCAUGCCUCUAUCCAGCCUAAUUCCUAAUGCAAUAUGGGAUAUAGACAUUCCUUGA